AUGUCAGAUUCUGCCAACCGGCUACUUGACGAUCCCCCAGAUUUAGAGCGGGCAUCGAUGUCUCGUGAAUCAGCCUCUCGGAGUCCUGAGAUGCACGAGAAGUUAGACAAGCCUUCGGUCUCUGUGUUCGCAUCGAUCAGGAGCGCAUUUACAGUCGCAUGGAAAGACAUUCGCUCUAUACCACGGUUUAAAUUGUCACAAUUAAGUCGUCUGUUGUGGCAACUUCUGAUCAGUAUUUGGAUUGCGGGAUUAUUGACUUUAGUGGUUCUCCUUAGUUUCCAAACAAACUUGGAGGAUGAGAGUCUUUGUGGACCCGAUGGAGAAUUCCGCCUCAAGAUGGAUCAAGAUGGCUUUGUUGGUUACGAUAACAACUGGUGGGAAUUUUCACGUUUCUUUGAAGUCACUCUGGGCUGGGGUGAACUCGACUUUACCUCUGCGAAGCUUAUUGAUGUGACAUGGGAUUUGGUUGUUGGUAGAGGAGGCCAGGCCAUAAUGUCCCUGAUAGUCUGGAGAGUAUUCACAGAAUAUCUGGAAGUGUCCCUUGCAACCAAGCCAGCUACAUACACAACAAUAUGGCUUCUACGAUUUUACCAGGAUACCUCGGUGCUAUCUUCGGUGCGGCUAUUUUUCCAGUUCUUCCGUCGGGGCCUUGCAUCGAAACUCGCCAUGUGGAUUAUUGUCAUGACACUGUCGUUCAUCCUGUCAUUCCCUACUAUUGCUGGCUCGAUGACCGGAUACGCCGCGUUCAACGACCCCUUUAUAACGUCAAGUGAUGACAGGCUAUUCCGAUUCGAAAAUGUGAGUCCAAUUGCGUAUGUCAUCCACGAUGGAGACAGAACAGCCAAUUUCACUAAAGAUCACAUCAUUCCCUGGAGAUCAGAGCCGUCAAAAGGACCUGCUUUCCAAACGUUUCAGUCCUGGGAGUUCUGCCACCAAUACAAUGAGACGUGGCUAGAUCGAGGCUGUGAAUUGCAAUGGAACGUAUCACAGUAUGUUUACCAAUACGGUUUCAAUGCUGUAGGAGGCACGAAAUCUGGGUCUCGCAAGAAUACGACGGAGUUUUGUGGCGAAACAAUAUAUGGGCCGCCUCUCAAUAUCUCUGCAUAUUUUACUCCAAGCGAGUUCUAUAGGACGCCGCGUCCAAAUAUCUCUGCAUCUUUGGCUGGAGACGGUUUCAAUGGGACGUCGCCUUUCAGUAAGGACAGAGUUGUCAAAACGAGUCCAUAUAACGACAGGGGCAAGUUUAUGUUUGUUGUCGAUGAUGACAUGUACAGCAUAACCCAACUGGUCAAGAAUGGUGUCUGCCAACCAGUAAAGGAUACGGGCUCUGUCCAGAGGUACCAAUGGGGUUUCUCAUUCUUACAGUUGUAUUUUGUCAUUGUUCUACUACUACUAUGGUCGCUAGCUUUGGUGGUCCUCUGGAAGACGUCACACGAUAUGCUGAAACUCAACCGCCGCGAGAUUACGUCUCAAGACUGGAAAGGUCUCCUCGACUUCACAAAUGCGAUUAGAACGCAACUGGAACAUGCUGGAGUAGAUGUCGACAGUUUCACAGACAAGCAACUGGACGACGAAAUAUUAAAGUUACAAGGCGGUUCUAUUUCAUCACGACAGAUGUCCACAAGCUCUUUUAACGUUUGGCGCUGGCUAUUGAACAGCAAGCGCUGGAUUAUCUUCGGCAUUUUGACUGUGGUACUGCUAGUAUCGGAGCACAGACGACCACACGUUCCGUAUGAACCAAGGGAAUUAAAAAGGGUACCAUCAAGGUUGGAACUCAACAUAUUACAGUUUGUGCUACCCUAUACAGCAAUAUGCCUAUUAGUUGCACUCACUGUUGGGGCCAACCUGGCACAGAAGCUUGCCGUGUUCAUACUGGCAGCUGGGAUAUGUAUACCCUUUUUCUUUUACCAGUCGAGUUUCCGGGAUUUCGUUUUGCCUGGAACAGUCUUUGGCAUGUUCUUAGCUUUUGCGGUUGGAUCUACCAAAGGAAGUCGAUUUGUCUUAUUCUCAGUGCCAUUUCUAUGCAACUACAUCGUCAUUAUUUCGUUAUACUUUCAAGAGUUGAAAGGUUAUUUGCUUGGAGGCAACUACGAAUCACGCAUUUCAUCAGUUUUCUAA